GCCGUGACGGACUUUAACGUUUUGUUUUGACCGCAGUAGCCGCCGUCAAUAACAACCGACCAUUUUCCGGCGGCGCCAUUAAUGUCUGGCGCAGAAGAAGAAUCCGCCAAUCCGUUGCGGUGGGCAUUUCAAUUCUCCGUCCGUACGGUGUCAACGAGGUCCAGCAUGGUGAUGACUGGUUACCCGGAAGAGUCCGUGAAGUCUGUCCUUGGGAAGAUCGCGUGGGUGACGGGAAUGCCGCUGAGAGAACUAAGAGUGAUAUACAAGGGAAAGCAACUUCAAUCGGAGAAGACUCUGGUGGAGUCCGGCAUCGAGAACGAUUCCAAUCUCAACAUUGUUGGUCACUUGCGCAGCGGAUUGUACCCCGCGGCGUCACGCCCUAUCGACUACGUGCUAUCCCUGCUUGCGCACGUGUUUACCAGCAACACACGGAGCGCGUGUGCGGCCUUGACGACCGUGAAGGUUCUCACCAUGCGCAUUUCAACCUCCCUGGUUUUGUGGAGCUUUACGCAGCCUCUAAUGCCCCCACCAUGCUGGCUUCGAUCUACCACUCGUCACGUGACGCAGAACCGGGCAAUUAGCUGCGUCUUGCAUAAUCAAUUUCACGAGUUGCGUGAGCACGAAGAAUUGGCAGGGGGUUCCAUUGGCGCGGUGAUGGAGUUUUGCAAGCAGCUUAGAAAGUUUGGGCAUGGAGACCAUGAUUAUCUGUAUCUUAAGUGUAGAAACACUUUGGGGCAUUUGUUGAAUACAAUUGGGGUUUCCUAUGAUUCUGGGAGUGUGAAAAAGAGGGUUUCGCUUCGCAAUGUUUUUUCCUUUGUUCCCGAGCUUGUGGAUUCGUUGUUAGUGAGUUUAGAUUAUAGUAAACGGUGUGGUAACACCAUCCUCUCCAUCACGGGGCCUUCGCCGGAAGAAGUUUCGGAUUUGAUAAUAUUCUUGGCCCCUUUGAGGAAUGCAAUUAUUCUGCAGAAGAAAUUGUUGGGAGGUUCUGUGAGUGGUGAUGAUGAAAAGUGUAGUGUGGAGAAGGAUGAUGAUCAGUUGCUUGAGGAAGAAGUUGAUUAUCUUCGGCUUGUGUUUAUUCGGUUGUUGAGCAAAAUGGAUGAGUGUUUUCGCUUCAUUGCGGAAUGCUUGGCGAGCAAGGAAUCUGGUGGGAGGGGUUUUGUUCUCAAUUACUCAUGGUCUGAGUAUCUUCGUAUCUUGAAGGAUUUGUAUGAUACUUCUAAGGUCUUCGAUGGUGCAGAGGAAAUGUUUUGGACAGUUUUGAGGUUUCAUAAGAAUAUGCUGUCUGCGCUUGUUGUUGCGUUUGUGAAGAGAGGUGGUGAUCAUUGGUGGGUUCUUGAUAACAAGGGUGUGACCAAUUUUGAGUGUAGAAGGCACUUGGCGAUGAUUCUGUUCCCUGCUGUCGAGGAAGACUUUGACAUGCUUCAUGAGAUGCUUAUUGACAGGUCUCAGGUACUGGCGGAGUCCUUUGAGUACAUAGGACGAGCGAAGCCAGAGUCUCUGCGUUCUGGUCUGUUUAUGGAAUUCAAAAACGAGAAAGCUACAGGACCGGGUGUGUUACGGGAGUGGUUUGUUCUGGUGUCUCGAGAAAUAUUUGAUUCACGACAUGCUCUUUUUGUGUCUUGCCCGAAUGACUGUAGGAGAUUUUAUCCGAAUCCUGCAUCUAAGGUACAUCCUCGACACCUUGAGUACUUUAGGUUCGUUGGUCGGGUUAUUGCAUUGGCUUUGUUGGAAAGGGUGCAAGUUGGUAUUGUUUUUGAUCGUGUAUUUUUCGUGCAAUUGGCUGGAAUUCGUGUUAGCUUAGAAGAUAUACGGGAUGCAGAUCCUUGCUUGUAUAGAAGCUGCAAGCAAAUAUUAGAGAUGGAUGCUGAUUUUAUUGACUCGGAUGCAUUGGGACUGACAUUUGUUAGAGAGUUGGAGGAAUUAGGAUGCAGGGAAGUUGUCGAGCUUUGUCCUGGAGGGAAAAACAUUGUAUUUAAUAGUCAGAACAGGGAGCACUAUGUUGAUCUUCUUAUACAGCAUUGUUUUGUAACAUCCAUAUCUGAGCAGGUAGCAAACUUUGCCCAGGGUUUAGCUGAUAUUCUUUCCAGCUCAAAGCUUCAACAGUUCUUCCAAUAUUUAGAGCUGGAAGAUCUUGAUUGGAUGCUGUAUGGGAGUGAAAAUACAAUCUCUAUCGAAGAUUGGAAGGCACAUACCGUGUACAAGGACUAUGAAGAGUCUGAUUGUCAGAUAUCCUGGUUUUGGGAGAUUGUUGGGAGAAUGUCAGCACAACAAAGGAGGGUUCUGCUUCUCUUUUGGACAUCUGUGAAAUAUUUACCAGUUGAAGGAUUCCGCGGUUUGUCUUCCCCUCUAUCCAUUUGCAGGACUGCAGAACCUAGCAAUCGCCUGCCCUCAUCUCACACAUGUUUUAACCGUCUGUUUUUACCGGAGUAUUCGUCUAUUGCUGUUAUGGAAGAUCACUUUGGAGUCAUCACUCAAGAACACAUUGCUAGUAGUUUUGGUCUUAGUUAAAUACACCAAAUGUAGGUUCUCAAUAUCUGUACAUAUUAUAGGGUAGGAUAGGUUUAUUUAUCUCUAAAUGAUAAAUUGAAAAUUUUCGUCAUUUAUGUUUGUUAUAUCAGUCCUGAAUGCAAUUGCAAUGGCAAG